UUCUUUUGUAAAUUUUUUGGCCUUGUGCAAUUUCGAGUUUUUCAAUUAGAAAUUAUCUGCUCCAUUUUCAUCAAACGCAGUGGCUCUAAUUUCAGCCAUUAAAAAGUUGCAGAGUAUUUUGAACAGUAUAUAUUAGUUGAACGACUCAACAGCUAAUAUAUCAAAAUUAUACAUCUGUUUCAACUUAAAAUAUAUGAGGUAUAGUAGUGACCCGAAUCCAAAAAGAUCUGUGAUGGCAACAGAGAGAUUAGGCCAAUAGGUCUAAUCUCGUAGCUCACCACUGAUCUCAUAUUGGGUGUGGGGGGCUUCACCCAAAUGGUAUGAACCACAAGAGUCAUCAAAUAAACUUCUCGUUACAUUAAAGUAAAUAUAACAGUUAGUAAUCUACGGUAAAGGGGGUAUGACCAGCAGAUAGAAUCUUCCUCCAUAGUAAAAAAAUUUCUCGAUGAAUGUGGGAAUUCUCUGUCGCUUUGUAUAUGAUUAGUAUUUGGCCAGACUCUUUACUCUUUGCUGCUAUUUAUGGUGCCAUUGAAUCUGCCUCCACUGCAUUGUUUGGUUCCAUCAUUGGCCAGUGGGUUGAGCGGUUGACCUAUAAAAAGGCUCUCAGAAUUUGGUUAGUGUCUCAGAAUCUUUCCUUUAUCAUUGCUGGAGUUUCAGUGAUUGCCUUACUGGUUUUCUCAACCUUGAAGUCCACAAAUUUCGGAGCAUUCAUCUUACUGUUGUUACUAACUGACAUCUCUGGAGCUGUUGGUGCGCUUUCUACUCUUGCUGGUACCAUCCUGAUUGAAAGAGAAUGGGUGGUGGUAAUAUCAGAAAGCCAUGCUCCAGAAGUUUUGACAAAGAUAAAUUCAAUUAUCAGACGGAUUGAUUUAAUCUGCAAGUUAAUAGCUCCUGUUAUAAGUGGCUUCAUUAUCAGCUUUGUAUCACUAAAGGCAUCUGCAAUGGCUUUGGCCAUAUGGACUUGUACAACUGUUUGGUUGGAAUUUUGGCUUUUUAUGUCUGUUUAUAAUGGCAUUCCAGCUUUAAGCGAAAGAAGCCAAACGAAGAUGACAACUACAAGUUUGCUGACUGAUCCAGAAGAGAGCAGCUCCACUUCUCAGGAAACAGAAAACUUACUUUCUCAUGGUGGAGAUAAUAGAGCAAUCACAGAAAGAAGCUUGAGAAGGAAAAUAGCUGAUUGGCUUUCAAAUGCCCCUUUCAUUGGGGCAUGGAGAGCCUAUAUGCAGCAAACUGUUGUACUCCCUGGAGUUGCUCUAGCUUUGCUGUAUUUCACAGUCCUCAGCUUUGGAACAUUGAUGAUUGCUGCAUUAGAGUGGGAAGGUAUACAGGCAUAUGUUAUUUCAAUAGCACGUGGAAUAAGCGCAACAAUUGGAAUAAGUGCAACUGUUGUGUACCCAAUUCUACAAUCGCGUAUUUUAACACUCAGAACAGGGCUGUGGUCGAUUUGGUCUCAGUGGACAUGCCUUUUAGUAUGUGUUGCUUCAAUAUGGGUUCCAAAUGGCCUUUUGGCAGCAUAUAUGCUAAUGGUUGGAGUGGCAAUUUCUCGGCUUGGCUUAUGGAUGUUUGAUUUAUCUGUCAUUCAGCAAAUGCAGGAUCUUGUUUCUGAGUCUGAGCGAUGUGUUGUCGGAGGAGUCCAAAACUCCCUUCAGUCUACUAUGGAUUUUAUGGCUUAUAUUAUGGGAAUUGUCAUCUCCAAUCCACAGGAUUUCUGGAAGUUGAAUUUAAUGUCAUUUCUGGCAGUAACGUUGGCUGCAUUCCUCUACAGUUUCCAUAUAUACCGCAUCAGGAAGCACCUCUUUCAUUUUGAAAAGUUUGCAUCAGUUCAGAUGUUUAUCAUAUCUCGCUUAGGUGCAAGUCAGAAUUAAGAUUGUUAAAUCUUUACUUAUCCAUGUCUCUUAGUAGGGAGGUUCAUUUGUGGAUUGACGUUCAAUAAAAUGAAAAUUAUAGAAUGCAGAAGAACUAAUAUGUCGACCGUACAAAUCAAUGUAAUUUUGUUAUUUCA